AUGAAGGCUGCUGCAACUGGACGGUUUCUUCUGGUGCUCAUGGCUUGCAGCGUGCAUGCUGUCACCCGCAGCAGCAGCAACACCACUCCUGGGAACCAAACAGAUCGACUAUCACUGCUUGAAUUCAAGAACUCGAUCAGUUUGGAUCCACAGCAAGCAUUGGCUUCUUGGAAUGACAGCACUCAUUUCUGCAAUUGGGAAGGUGUCACGUGCAGGACGACAAGCAAUCGUGUCACUAAUCUUGAUCUUGGAAAUCGAGGUUUAGUCGGCCAAAUAUCUCCUUCGCUCGGAAACCUGACAUUCCUGAAACAGCUGUCCCUAGCAACAAACAGAUUCAGUGGACAAAUCCCAGCAGCCCUUGGCCAGUUGCAUCGCCUCCAAACCCUCUACUUGAGUAACAACACGUUACAUGGAGUUAUACCUACUUUUGGAAACUGUUCCAAUCUGGAGAUACUAUGGCUCAAUGGGAACAAUCUCGUUGGAGGAUUUCCGGACCUGCCACUUGGACUUAAACAGCUGGAGCUUGGAUCUAACAAUCUUUCAGGCACCAUCCCUCCUUCUCUUGCCAAUAUCACAACACUUAAGGUGUUGGGCUUCAAUUACAAUAACAUUGAGGGAAACUUCCCACAUGAGUUUGCGAAGUUUCCGGAGCUACAGCGUCUGCACACUGGUGACAACCAUUUGGUAGGUAGUUUUCCACAGGCCAUCCUGAAUCUUUCAACCCUCGUUUCCUUUCGUAUUGCAAUGAACGAUUUAAGCGGCGAGGUGCCACCUGGCCUAGGUAGCUCUCUUCCCAACCUCCAAAUUCUUCUAAUAGACUACAACUUUUUCCAUGGUCACAUCCCUUCCUCGUUGGCCAAUGCAUCAGAUCUGCGCAUGAUUGAUAUGUCAAACAACAGUUUCACUGGCGUGAUCCCUAGUUCCAUUGGCAAACUUGGCAAUCUCUACGGGCUGAAUCUUGAGUUCAAUAAACUUAAAGCUCGUAACAGUCAAGACUGGGAGUUUAUUUACAGCUUAGGCAACUGUAGUAAGCUACAAGGAUUAUCAGUAUUUGACAAUCAGCUAGAAGGCCACGUACCAACUUCAUUAGGUAACCUUUCUGUUGAACUGCAGAUAUUAUUACUGGGGAAUAAUCAAUUAUCAGGUAGUUUUCCUUCUGGCAUCGCAAACCUUCGCAACCUGAUGUGGUUAGGACUAGGUGGGAAUCAAUUUACAGGCAAGGUUCCAGAAUGGCUUGGAACUCUAAACAGUUUACAAGUGAUGAAUUUAGGUAACAACAACUUCACAGGGUUUAUUCCAUCAUCCCUUUCGAACUUGUCUCAGCUAUUAUAUCUCUAUCUUGAAUCCAACAAAUUCGAAGGGCAUUUACCUGCAAGCAUAGGAAAUCUUCAAAAUCUUCAACUAUGUGACUUUUCAAAUAACCUUCUUCAUGGUGGUAUUCCCAAAGAGAUGUUUGGAAUUCCAGCAAUCCUUCAUAUUGAUUUAUCUGUAAACCACCUGCAUGGGCAACUCCCUUAUGAAGUAGGCUAUGCCAAGGAGCUCAUAUAUUUGAAUCUUUCGUCAAAUAUGCUGUUUGGAGACAUUCCAACCAAUAUAGGUAAUUGUGAAAACUUGCAGUACAUAGGGUUGCAACAGAAUAGUUUCGGAGGAAGCAUACCCGUUUCACUAGGCAACAUAAGGGGUCUAGAAGUUCUGGACUUGUCUCACAAUAAUUUGACCGGGUCAAUACCGAUGUCCCUCACAAACCUCCAAUACCUUGAGCAACUAGAUUUGUCAUUCAACAACAUCAGCGGUCAGGUCCCAUUGAAAGGGAUAUUCAGUAAUGUGACUGCUGUGAGGAUUGAUGGAAAUCCAGGGCUUUGUGGUGGGCCAUUGGAGCUACACCUACUCGCAUGCCAUGUCAUGCCUGCUAAUUCAAAGUGUGCUGCAGGCGGAGCUGUUUCAAGUGCUGGGGAUGUAUACAGCUUCGGGAUUGUUCUACUUGAAAUAUUUUUGCGAAGGAGGCCAACUGAUGAUAUGUUCAAUGGUGAGAUGAACAUUACAAAAUUUGUUGAGAUGAACUUUCCUGACAGGAUACCACAGAUAAUAGAUCCUGAACUACUAGUAGAGCAACAACAUUUAUGUCCAGAAACUUCAGUGGCCAUGAAGGAGAAAAGCUUGGAGUGUUUGCUUUCAGUCCUAAACAUUGGGCUUCUCUGCACCAAGCCGUCCCCGAAUGAGCGCAUCUGCAUGCAGGAAGUCACUGCAAGGUUGCACGGAAUCAAGAAAGCAUAUAUAUCAUAG